AUGGCGUCUGAAAACACAUCUGACGCCCAAGAGGAGACCGCUGCUCUCCUGGACACGACCACCGACCCGCCAGAGGACCCAUCCCAGACUGAUGAAACCAAGAAAGACUCGAAAUUGAUGCUGUAUCAUUGGACGCAGUCUUUUAAUUCUCAGAAGGUGCGUCUGGCCAUCGCUGAAAAAGGCCUUUGCUGUGAGGAGUAUGACGUGAGCCUCCCUCUGAGUGAACACAAUGAGCCCUGGUUCAUGAACCUCAGUCCCACUGGAGAGGUCCCCGUCCUGGUGCACGACAGCAGCAUCAUCUGUGACCCCGGAACCAUCAUGGAGUAUAUUGAGCAGCACUUCUCUGAGGAAGGCAGUGUGCGGUUGAUUCCAGAAGAGGGCAGCACAUACUACCACCGGGUGCAGCACUACAGGGAGCUGCUGGACUCUCUGCAGAUGGACGCCUACACUCACGGCUGCAUCCUCCACCCAGAGUUCACCGUGGACUCACACAUCCCGGCGUACGCAGCCUCAUGCAUCCGAGCACAGAUUGGAAACACACAGAGUGAGCUGAAGAAAUUGGCAGAGGAGAACCCAGAGUUGAAAGAUGCUUAUAUCGCAAAACAAAGACGACUAAAGUCCAAGUUGUACGAUCAUGACAACAUGAAAUAUCUAAAGAAGCUACUGGAUGAACUGGAGAAUGUAAUGGACCAAGUGGAGACGGAGCUGCAGAGACGGGCAGAGGAAACACCAGAAGAGGGAGGUCAGUCCUGGCUCUGCGGUGACUUCUUCAGUAUGGCUGAUGUCUCUCUCGCCGUCACCCUGCAUCGGCUCAAGUUCCUGGGCCUGUCUCAGCGAUACUGGGGCAAUGGUAACCGUGGCAACAUAGAGACAUACUACGGGCGCGUGGUGCAGCGGCCGGCCUUCAAGCGCGUUCUCGGCCACGUGAACAACAUCCUCAUAUCCGCCGUGCUGCCGGUGGCCUUCCGCGUCGCCAGGAAGAAUGCUCCGGUUAUUUUUGGCACCACGCUCCUGAUAGGCCUUGUGGGCGGAGCUACUUACCUGGCCUUUUUGUACAUGAAGAAGAGAGUGACCCUGUUCUGUUGA